UUUGCUUGAACAUUCUAGUGUCUACACUUGGUCAUAGUCACCGCAGAAUAAAAUUUAGUCGCAGGUGUUCGUGUUUUCUCUUGUAACGCCAUGUCUUACAAUUACGUGGUUACAGCACAGAAGCCCACAGCCGUCAAUGCCUGCAUCACUGGGCAUUUCACCUCUGCUGAAGACCUGAACCUACUCAUCGCCAAGAACACACGUCUAGAGAUCUAUGUGGUGACAGCGGAGGGGCUGCGACCCGUUAAGGAAGUUGGCAUGUACGGCAAGAUUGCCGUCAUGGAGCUCUUUCGACCCAAGGGCGAGAGCAAGGACCUGCUGUUCAUCUUGACAGCCAAGUACAACGCCUGCAUCCUGGAGUACAAGCAGAAUGGGGAAAACAUCGACAUCAUCACCAGGGCCCACGGCAAUGUGCAGGACCGGAUUGGGCGUCCCUCGGAGACGGGCAUUAUUGGCAUCGUAGAUCCAGAGUGCCGCAUGAUUGGCCUGCGGUUGUAUGACGGUCUUUUCAAGGUCAUCCCCCUGGACCGAGACAACCGUGAGCUCAAGGCCUUCAACAUCCGCCUGGAGGAGCUACAGGUCAUCGACGUCCACUUCCUGUAUGGCUGUCAGGUCCCCACAGUCUGUUUCAUCUACCAGGACCCCCAAGGGCGCCAUGUGAAGACAUACGAGGUGUCCCUGCGGGAGAAGGAGUUUAACAAGGGGCCGUGGAAGCAGGAAAAUGUGGAGGCUGAAGCAUCCAUGGUCAUUCCAGUGCCAGAGCCAUUUGGGGGAGCUAUAAUCAUUGGGCAGGAGUCUAUCACUUAUCACAAUGGGGACAAAUACCUGGCCAUAGCACCCCCUACUAUCAAGCAAAGCACUAUCGUGUGCCACAACCGUGUGGACCCCAAUGGCUCCCGCUACCUCCUGGGGGACAUGGAGGGUCGGCUUUUCAUGCUUCUGCUUGAGAAGGAGGAGCUGAUGGAUGGUGCUGUGGUGCUCAAGGACCUGAGGGUGGAGCUGCUGGGUGAGACGUCCAUUGCUGAGUGUCUCACGUACCUGGACAAUGGUGUGGUCUUUGUGGGAUCCCGGCUUGGAGACUCUCAGCUAGUCAAGCUGAAUGUGGACAGCAAUGAUCAGGGUUCCUAUGUGGCAGUGAUGGAGACCUUCACUAACCUGGGGCCCAUUGUGGACAUGUGUGUGGUGGACCUGGAGAGGCAAGGCCAGGGGCAGCUGGUCACCUGCUCUGGAGCAUUCAAGGAGGGGUCCCUGAGGAUCAUCCGGAAUGGCAUUGGUAUCCACGAGCAUGCCAGCAUCGAUCUUCCAGGGAUCAAAGGGCUAUGGCCUUUGCGCUCGGAGGCAGGGCGUGAGACCGAUGACAUGCUGGUGCUCUCCUUUGUGGGCCAAACCAGGGUGCUGAUGCUGAGCGGAGAGGAAGUAGAGGAGACUGAACUUCCCGGCUUUGUUGACAAUCAGCAGACUUUCUACUGUGGAAAUGUGGCUCAUCAACAGCUCAUCCAGAUCACCUCGGGGUCUGUACGUCUGGUGAUGCAGGACACCAAAGCCCUGGCGAGUGAGUGGAAAGAGCCUCAGGGCAGGAACAUCAGCGUGGCUGCAUGCAACGCCACCCAGGUGGUGCUAGCUGUAGGCCGAGUGCUGUACUACCUGGAGAUUCACAGAGGAGAGCUGAAACAGAUCAGCUUGACGGAGAUGGAACACGAAGUUGCCUGCCUGGACAUUACACCACUGGGGGAGGGGGGAGAGUCCCCCCUUUGUGCGGUGGGGCUGUGGACAGACAUCUCUGCACGUAUCCUCAAGCUGCCGUCCUUCUCCACCGUCCACACGGAGAUGCUGGGAGGAGAGAUCAUCCCGCGCUCCAUCCUCAUGACCACAUUCGAAGGAAGCCACUAUCUGCUCUGUGCCCUGGGUGACGGAGCACUUUUCUACUUUGGCCUGGACCUCCAAAGCGGUGUCCUGAGUGAGCGUAAGAAGGUGACUUUGGGAACCCAGCCCACUGUUCUGCGAACAUUUCGCUCUCUCUCCACGUCCAACGUGUUUGCUUGCUCCGACCGGCCCACCGUCAUCUACUCCAGCAAUCACAAGCUAGUCUUCUCCAACGUCAACCUCAAGGAGGUCAACUACAUGUGUCCCCUCAACUCAGAGGGAUACCCUGACAGUCUUGCUCUGGCCAAUAACUGCACUCUGACCAUUGGGACCAUUGAUGAGAUCCAGAAGCUGCACAUUCGCACUGUCCCACUGUAUGAAUCCCCUAGGAGGAUCUGCUAUCAGGAGAUGUCUCAGUGUUUCGGGGUGCUGUCCAGCAGGGUGGAGAUGCAGGAUGCCAGCGGAACCACUUCUGCAGUCCGUCCCAGCGCUAGUACUCAGGCCCUCUCCACCAGUGUUAGCUCCAGCAAGCUGUUCCCCAGCAGCACCUCCCCCCACGAGACCUCCUUUGGGGAGGAGGUGGAGGUGCACAGCCUACUGGUGGUGGACCAGCACACUUUUGAAGUCCUCCAUGCUCACCAAUUCCUGCAGAGUGAGUAUGCACUCAGCAUGGUGUCCUGCCGCCUGGGCAGAGACCCUUCCGUCUACUUCAUCGUCGGCACAGCAAUGGUUUACCCUGAGGAGGCGGAGCCUAAACAGGGGCGCAUCAUUGUUUUCCAUUAUACUGACGGAAAGCUGCAGACAGUAGCAGAGAAGGAGGUGAAGGGAGCGGUGUACUCCAUGGUGGAGUUCAACGGCAAGCUGCUGGCCAGUAUCAACAGCACUGUGCGUUUGUAUGAGUGGACAGCAGAGAAGGAGCUGAGGACAGAGUGUAACCACUAUAACAAUAUCAUGGCGCUGUAUCUGAAGACCAAGGGAGACUUCAUCCUGGUGGGGGACCUGAUGAGGUCUGUGCUACUGCUGGCUUACAAGCCUAUGGAGGGCAACUUCGAGGAGAUCGCUCGAGACUUUAAUCCCAACUGGAUGAGUGCAGUGGAGAUCUUGGAUGACGAUAACUUCCUUGGAGCAGAGAAUGCCUUCAACCUGUUUGUGUGUCAGAAAGACAGUGCAGCCACCACAGAUGAGGAGCGUCAGCACCUGCAGGAGGUAGGCGUGUUCCACCUGGGGGAGUUUGUGAACGUGUUCUCCCAUGGCUCACUGGUGCUGCAGAACUUGGGCGAGAGCUCCACCCCCACUCAGGGCUCCGUGCUGUUCGGCACCGUCAAUGGCAUGAUCGGCUUGGUGACCUCUCUGUCAGAAAGCUGGUACAGUCUGCUGAUGGACCUGCAAAACAGACUCAACAAGGUCAUCAAAAGCGUGGGCAAGAUUGAGCACAGCUUCUGGAGAUCCUUCCACACCGAGAGGAAGACGGAGCAAGCAACAGGUUUCAUUGAUGGGGACCUGAUAGAGAGCUUCCUGGACCUUGGUCGGGCCAAGAUGCAGGAGGUGGUCAGCAGUUUACAGAUCGACGAUGGCAGUGGCAUGAAACGUGAGGCCACCGUUGAUGAGGUCAUCAAGAUCGUGGAAGAACUGACCAGGAUUCACUAGCCACGUGUCCUGAGGGGUGGAGUUUGGGGGGAAGGGCAGGGGGCGCAUUGUAAAUAACUAUAAAUAUACAGUGAAUAUACAGGAAUUGACUGUACACCCCUUGUUCUAGCACCCACAUGUAUGCUCUCACUUUGCCCCACCACCCAGGAUAGUUAAAACCCAGAGAGAGCUACAGUAGCUUGGCAUAUAACAAGGUAAAAUCUGUUAUAUCGCCCAGAUCGUUUGGUUACUGUUAGACUUGAUGGAUUGGUGUAAAAAGCAGAGUUUUGCAAGCACAAGGACAGGAUUUGUGUGCAGAACUGGGCUAAGUGGUUUUUCUAGAUGGCUCUGGAGGGAGGUUUUCAAGUGGGAAAGAGAUUGGAAAGACUUGCUGCUCCAGUCCAGGUAGUCCAAAAUGAGACCAUCUGAGGCAGUUGAUGGUUGCAGUGAAGAGAUGGGCCAGACGGGGCUGGAUUCCUUGUUUUGUGUUUGUGAAAAAUUUCUGUUUCUUUAAAUAAAGUUUGGAGCAGUACCACUGUAUUCUCUUUGUGUAAGAAGAAGGAAUGUAUAGCAUUAAGGAGGUAAUGUUUCAUCUUUUUGUCAAUUUUUACCAGCAUGUUUGGCACUGGGAAACAACAGGUUUAUUUCUACCUUUAAUAAUAACACGUUGUGAUUGAAGAAAUACAGAUGCAGCCUUUCAGAACAUUUGCAGAGAGCAGGUGCACUCUAACAGUGUUAUCUUCAGGAAUAACCCCCUAUUUUUUCUGGGCUUUUAGAGUGCACAUAUAAAAUAUUUAAGGUUGUCUUUUCAUUGAAUUAAAAACUCACUGCUGGUGUCUGACCGACCACAGUAUAUCCACUGCAGUUUUAAAAUGAAGGAAGUGUGAAUGAGGGAAAGGGACUACUCCCUCAUUCAAAGGGACUACUAAUGUUCAUGACAGUGACUCCACAGAAACCUAUUAAAUUUACAAUUACAAGUGGUGAAAGGGAUCUUAGGAUUGGAUGUCUAGGCUUUCAGACUCGAACACAAAUAGGAUGUGCAUUUUAAGGCCAUAACCGGGCCAAGCCUGACAAUGUGACAGCACCCAAACCCAAUGUGCAUACAUGUUGCUGCCAGAUUAUUCAGUCCUGCCGACCUUGUGAAAGCAUUAAAAUGUACUGGGAGACAGAGGAAACUCCAAACCCUAUAUAAACACAGUAUAUUUACAUUUAGUAUUUAGUAUUUACAGCAAGCAAGUCUGCUUACCCUUAAAAUUACCUUACUGGCUAGCUGGCUUGCUAGCUAAGUAGUAUGAACAGCAUUGAAUGCAUGAGAGACAACAUUAGACAUCCACAUUAAAGUUCUUGGCUAACAUGAAAGCACCCCAGCAAUUCAAGAGGAGAAAUAUUGCAUAUUACUGGUGAGUGGUGGUCCAAUCUGUCUUUCCCUAAAAGCUAUUCAUAAAUUUGCUUAGUUAUGUUAAGAUGGAUAAGCUACAGCUAGAAUGGACUUAAUGACUGACUUCCCACAUCUGUUUCAAUACCAUUGUUAGGUCUCCCUUUAGGAUCUUCCAUUGCUUUAGCAUGCAUUUUGCACUGUUAGGCAAUUUUUUCCCUUCCAGAAUGGUAUGUUGCAUAGUCAUGACGACAUACAGUGGCUUGAAGUAAAAGUAAGUAUUUGAAAAGUAUUAAACCCGCACACAGAUGAUUUCUACAACCUGAGAUUUUAACUAAUUAGAUUUUUUUUAUUUAUGAAUCACUCAACUGUAACAGUG